ACUGAAUCAGAAUCUUAUUUUUGGUUCUGCUGCAUCUUUCCGUUUGAUCGCUCUCAAUCGAUCUGAUGGGAAAUGGGUUCGUGGGUUUGCGUCUGCUACUGAAGCUGAAGUAGAGAGAAAGGGUAAUGGUGCUUUUUUUUUCGCGGACCAUGCUGUUUCUUGGAAGUCGCUUGGGUUAUCGGAUUAAGUUUCUGUGGCUCUUCAAGAUUCUGGGUUCGGAAGACCAUCUCUAUUACUCAGGAGGACUCUUGAAACAUAUGUGUUUCCAGAUGCUAUUUGGGUUAGUGUUGGAAACUUUCUUCACCGAAACAGUCCUAGAGUCGCUAUUGUCUCUGCUGUGUUGUGGACUAAAGCAGAAAGGGGUUGAAGUCACAGUAGACACACAGGUUGAUGCACUUAUAGAGGCUAACCAUACGCUAUAUGGAACUGUGACGAGUCUAUACACUGAGUCUAAACGCAAUUUAGUAGAAGCAAUCCGUGAAGCAGUGAAAACUGGUCGGCCUGUGGAAACUGCAUUCAGCAGGAAAAGGGGUUUCAGAAACAAGAUUGAGAAGAGAGCGACGGAGCUCUCUGUUCUCUGUGGCAACUCCGUCGUCUUCGUCUGCUACACUCCCGACGACGAUAAAGUUCAUGUAUUCCCUGAGAAUCGACGAGAGAUCCAAGAUAUAGUCUCAAAAUUCAAGAACCAGAGCGACGAGAAGAGGAAGAAAAACUCUCGCGAUGUCUAUGAUUACCCAAAUCUGGACGGAUUGUCUGCCGAUGAACUCAGGAAUCACCUCUCUGUCAUCAAUGCGCAAUUGUCUGGAGUCAGACAGAUGAAAAGAGAACUCGUGUCGGAGAAGAUCAAUUCCGAACAGAGAGGAUCCGGUCAAUUAGGGUUUGUUUCCGAUUUGGGAUGUUGUGCGGAUGGUGUUGGUGUUUCGGGUACGGAAGCUGAUUCUUCUCCGCUGGAAUUAGGGUUUCAGGCGUCGGAGCCAACGGCGGUGGCAUACAGUCCGUCGGGGUUUUGUGGCGGUGAUUGUAUUUGGGAUUCUUCUCGGCUGGAUUUGGAGUUUUUCGUGAGACAUUUCACUUUUGAUUUGUAUGCUCUUGUGUACAUAGGACUGACUAUGCUCGCCGCUAUAAGAAUGGAACUUAUGACUCCUCCUUCAGACGAAGGAUGCAUAGUUGUGCCUAGCUAGUGGAUGCUGACGGUGCUCUGCUUUCUGCUGUUGCAGCCUUUUUCUAAUUAAGCUAAAGCAAAACAUGGGAUUACAAGACAAGACUUGUCGUCAGAGAUGGAAGUUGAUGCUUUCAGAAAGAUCUUUCCUCUUCGUUUCUUUGAGCGUCAUCUCUCUGGAUCUCUACGACCUGAUGGGAAAGCCAGAGACACCAUUGGCUUGUUUCAUCUGCCGGUGGAUAAGAUUACGAGCCAUGACAAGGAACUCCUAACAUGGAUACGUCUCUGCGAGAUUGGAGAGGGUUCGGGUUUUUUUGUUUCAGAAGGCUCUGUACAUUGCGAAAACUUUUGAAGUCUAGCACUAGCAGUCCCUUCGUCUUGAUUGGCUUCUAAGGCUGGGAGAAUCUUUAUUUGUCCAAGAGAGCUAGGAGAGAGCCCAAGAGAGCUCCUGUUGAAUCUGGACGACUGAAGAGCGUGGAGAGAGUCCAAGAGAGCUCGGAGAAUCUUUAUUUGUCGUCACAGUUUGAAGGAGGUGACGACAAGUCCAAGAGAGCACGGAGAAGACAAGUCUACUUUUGGGGUCACUACGUCUAGUCCAUCAACAGAAGGUGGACUUGUCUUCUCCUUCUGAUGAGCUUAGAACAGUGACGCAAAAGCCAGACUUUCCGUCACCUCCUGCUAGACUACAAACUCUGAGGACAAAUGAAGAUUCUGGACUCUCUACACGUUCUUCAGUCUUCCGGAUUCAACACAAGAAUACAGAGUAACAGGAACUAAGCAAAGGUCUUGUGACGGUGAAAGUUCUUAGCAGAAUGCUUGAAGAAGGAAAGGCACAAGUUUUUAUGGUAUGCAUUGGGGAUGACAAAGAUCAGACGAGCAUAACCAACAACACUAUCGGCCAAUCAUCGUCAAUGUCUGCAGAGAUAUUCACUUCCUUGAUACAGUAAGCAACCUCAAGAAAUUGCUUGAAGGACUUGUCAACACUUGGAGCCCAAAGUCUAGGUAUUUUUUCUCACCUCAGAGUCUCCCUUUGAAAGCGUGGUAUGAGUAAGAAAUCAGAUAUCAAUUGUUUACUUAGUUAUCUAGAGUAAAAUUUCUGAAUCUGAAUCAGGAAAAGAAACAUCAAUCAGAUUGCUUACUGUCUCAAUGAUGUGUCUUGUGUAUAAUUGGUAUUGUGUUUGUAUAUAGCGUCUUGUGUAUGAUUGGUAACAAUUUAUUCUGAAAUCUCGUCGUCACACUCUCUGUUCAGGCAGACAAACACUGUUGAUUGUUGUUUUUGACAUAAGCUUCUCAGCUGUUCAGUUAUGGCAACUCCUUGCUUGGCAAACACGAUAGACUACUUCAUGAAACUCAGCUCUUUCAAAGUUUAGACCUGCAAGAAUGUCCCCAAAAUGUGUCUUUUGCCAGAAAAUACACCACUUAAAGAGCUUUAACCAAAUUACAGAGAAAACAUGCCAAAUAUAACCCAAACAAGGGAAAAAGGUCGAUCAAAGAUUAUCUACGCUUUGGGACUAAGAGGUUUCUUUAGUAGACUUAAUUGUCUAUGAAACUGGUUCGACCUGAUUGUACAAGGAUUCAUCAUGGUCAGUGGGAAAGAAAUAUGAAACAAAAGGAGAUGUGCAAUUG